CUUCAUCACAGCUGUCAUACCGCGAGCUCUGCGCUGAGCGAGAAGUGCGGUACGAUAUGUUGACGGCGGCCAGCAGUCUGUCCGCAGCACUUGAGUUUUAUCAGACAUCAUUGCGCGGACCAGCAGCUCUUUAACGAGAAUUUAGCACGAGGAAGCAGGCAAGGAGGAUCCUUCGCCUGAGGCAUCCUGCCAUGUGGAGACAGGCGACGUCUCGGGCUCGGGUUCUGCGCCGGCUGGUGACGGGCGCAAGACCCCUCACCACCACCCGCCCCGCGGCCACCACCCCCGCCCCCCAGGAUGAAAGAAACGCGGGAGAUGCUAGAAAUGUGGCUGGCGGACGCGUGCCGCGAGAGGCGGACGUGGUGGUGGUAGGCGGGGGCGUGCUCGGCUGCAGCUGCCUGUACCACCUGGCCAAGCUGGGGGUCACCAACACGGUGCUACUGGAGGCUCACCAGUUGACAGCAGGCACUACCUGGCACACAGCGGGGCUGAUGCACGGCCUGGCCAGAAGCGAGACAGACUUCUUGCUCCGGCAGACAACUCGCCAAAUCCUUAACCGGCUGGAGGCUGAAACUGGUGUCAGUCCUGGCUGGAUCAUGAACGGGUCGCUCCUCGUCUCAUCGACCAGAAGCUGCCCAGAAGUACGGAAGGAUGACUUCAAGCGAUGGGUGACCUUCAUGCGCGCCAUGGAGUACGAGUGCGAUCUUAUCACCCCCUCACAGGUCAAGGACAUCUACCCGCUGAUGGAGACGAGCGACGUCAACUGUGCCAUCUACUCCCCGACUGAAGGUCAGAUGGACCCCGCGGGUUUGUGCCGCGGCCUGACUCGGUGGGCGACGCAGGCGGGGGCGGGCGUGGUGGAGGGCUGCCCUGUCACGGACAUCAAGACGACGGAGACGCUGCUGGGGGGCAGGCGGGUGGCCGAGGUGCAUACCCCCUACGGCAUCAUCAAGACCAAUGCGGUGGUCAACGCAACGGGUAGCUGGGGAAACACCAUCACCUCUAUGAUCGGGGUCACUCUCCCUCUGCAGUCUUUCCGCCAUGGCUAUGUGGUGACGGAGACAAUACCUGGGGUGGCUGGCAAACCAAACGUGCGAGAAUACACCAGCUCCUGCUAUAUCAAGAUGCAGGGAGACAGCCUCAUCGUCGGGUCCUUCGAGCCCAACCCGGACCCCAUCGAUAAGAUUAGUCCUGACUUCCCAUUUGGACUCUUCGAGAUGAACUGGGGUAUGUUCGGUCCCGUGUACCAGAAAGUUAUGAAGCGGAUUCCAGCCCUGGAGAAUGCUGGCAUCAAGACAACAAUUGUGGGUCCCGAAUCCUUUACCCCUGAUGGUCAGCCAGUCAUAGGAGAAGACCCGAACGUGCAAGGAUUCUUUCACUGCUGUGGCUUCAGUAGUCACGGGAUGCAGCACUCAGGCGGAUGUGGAGACCAGGUGGCCAAGUGGGUGGCUAAGGGUGAGCCCGAGCUUGAUCUCUUUUACAUGGAUGUUCGACGUUUUCACCCGCCACUAUCCAAAAACAAGGCUUGGGUCUUGGCUCGCUCCCAGGAAUGUCUGUCCAGCAAUUACAGCGUCCUCUAUCCUCACGACGAACCUCUUGCCGGGCGAGGACAGAGGCUCUCCCCGCUCCAUCAGGAGCUGGAGGCAGCAGGUUGUGUGUUCCAGGAGGUUAACGGGUGGGAGCGCCCUGGUUGGUUUCACUCAAGCCCAGCACCUGUUCUUCCCUAUGACUGGUACGGUGCCUACGACCACACCCCACCGCACACUGACCACCCCUACUACAACCUCCUUAAACAGGACUACACAUUUGACUUUCCCGCCCAUCACCAUGUGAUCCAGCAGGAGUGUGCGGCUUGUAGGGAACGCGCUGCCGUAUUUGACAUGACUUCCUUUGGCAAGUACUUCCUGAGUGGACCAGAUGCUCAGAAGACUGUUGACUGGAUUUUCUCCGCUGACAUGGGGCGUCCCUCAGGCUCUACCAUAUACACCUGCAUGCUGAAUAAUCGUGGUGGUGUGGAGGCAGACCUCACGGUGAGUGUAUGUGAAGGAGGUGAUGGGACACCAUGCAACCCUUCCUUUGAGGGACGAUGGUUUUACAUCACCACGGGAGGAUCCACUGGCCGCUACUGUGAAGGACACAUCCUGAAGGAAGCAAGGAAGCGAGGGUGGCGCAUCACCCUACAAGACCACACGGAGAGCCUGGCGCUUCUUUCGGUGCAGGGACCACACAGCAGGGACAUCUUACAGCAGCUGACUCAAGCUGACCUUGGAGACUCCUCCUUCCCAGUCUCAUCCCACAAGCUCAUUACUUUGGGUGGCCACACCCUUCGCGCUCUCAGGCUCUCCUUCGUGGGAGAAUUAGGUUGGGAGCUGCAUGUGCCACGUGACUCCGCCCUGGCUGUGUACCGCUCGGUGAUGGCUGCUGGAGAGCCGCGGGGAAUAGCCAACGCUGGCUUCCGUGCCAUGGACUCCCUGUCUUGUGAGAAGGGUUACCGCCACUGGCACAGCGAUGUUACUCCCGAUGACACUCCCCUUGAGGCCAGUCUUGCUUUCACUUGUAAGUUAACCACACAAACCGACUUCAGAGGCCGAGCUGCCCUUGAGCGCCAGCGAGCCGAGGGAGUUUCCAAGAAGUUGGUGACGAUGACACUGGAGAAUGGAUCGCAGCCUCUCUGGGGUCUGGAGGGCAUCAUUCGUGACAACCAGGUGGUAGGCUACACUCGCCGAGCGGAGUACGCUUUCAGUCUAGACCGCGCCAUUGCUUAUGGCUACGUGCGGCACCCCGAGGGCGGUCCUGUUACAAAAAAAUUCCUAAGCAGUGGGACUUGGGAACUUGACGUUAUGGGUGAGCGCUUCCCUGUGGCCCUUCACUCCCGUCCACCGUUUGACCCAUCAAAUCUGCGGGUGAAGGGCAUCUACAAGGAGUGAUAAGAGUCUGCCCAGCCAUGUCAAAAACCCAUGGAUAGACCUGAUCAUAGUAAUAAGGAAAUUUUUGUUGAUAUAUAUACAAGGCCUCAUCAAAUAUCACUUCCAAGGCUGGUGCAUCUUUUAGAGUUAAUCUAAUGGAGUUACUAAAUGGUAAACACUUGUGAUUUCCAAUGAAUGGACAGAUACAUUAUGGUUGUGGCUCACUGUCGACCUUCCAUAAAAAAGUUUUCCCUCCAGCAAGAUGUCUGACAGGCAACAGAGUUUGACAAUCUUUAAUGUGUGUUUUAGAGUGCAUUAAUGUUAUUGACUGAAUGUUUUAUCUUGCUAGGGGCUAUAAAUUAUCGUGUUUUUUUUAUAAUAAUAAAUAACGAAUGGGUCCACUCACAUUGAAACAAAUAAAAAAAUACAUUAUGA